GGAUAAAGCGGUUCGGAAAAUGGAUGGAUGGAUGGGUUAAAAUCUGUUGCUUUGGGUUUCGGGUGAUUAAAAGUUCCCCGAACAGGUGUUCAAGCGGUUUCAGUCCCUUGUUACGGGUGAUUAAAAAAUCCCCGAAAAGUUAAAUCGAGAGGUUUGAGUCCCUCGAAGCAAUACGACCGGUUUUCAGUCCGUCGUAGAAUUAUAGGUAGCUAAAAAACUCAGGCUAAAGACCUGAACGGUACCUUAAAAGAGAGAGAGAGAAACGAAAAAAAAAAAAACAGGAUUAAGGUCCUGGAAGGUAGAUAAACACAACGCAAAAGUAAGUAGGAUGGGUUCAGGACAAAGUAGAAAAGGAAAUCCCAUAGGGAAUGAAAAAUUUAUGUAUCAGAUUGAUCCAAAUAAUUUAAAAUACUUGGAGAAGUGGAAGAAAAAGUAUAAAAUAGAUGGUGUGUUGAAAGUGAAUCAAUGGGAAAACGUUUUGUAUAGGCUAGAAACAAGCGCAAGUACGAAAAAGGGGAGAAAAAAAUAUUAAAAAAAUAAAAGUGCUUGAAAUUGCGCGCUGUUGGUUAAUUCAAGCACAAAAUAGGCAGGAUGCGCGAGCUAAAAAUAAAGCAGAUCGUCAGACAACUGUGAUGUUCGUGCGCCCUGAAGAUAAUGAAACGCAACCGCGGGGCCGUAGGCAGAGAUAGCCCCGACCUGCAGGAGGGAGUGGGGUGGCUGAUGUACCGGCGACUGCAGCACCGGUCCGUCAAAGCCCCACUUCAUCACCUAUUUGGUCUCCUACAAUUUUAGGCUCUAAACAAAAAAGAACCCGCCAGAACAAUACUUCAGUAACGCAAACCAUGGUAGCAACUGAAGAAGACAGACCACCACCGUAUAAUCCCUUAAAUUCCCCCACGGAUAUUUCAAGUCUGUACCCAGACCUAGAUGGACUGAGUAAAUCAGAUCAUUUGUUAUCAACAGACCAGUCCAAAGGAUUGUAUCCUACGGUGCAGGUCGCAAAUCCUAAUAUAGGAGCUCAGCAGCCUCAAACAAUCCCAGUUUUCCGUCCGUGGUCAUUAGAGGAAGCUAGGAAAGCUGUGGGAGGGGUAAUUUCUCCACAGGAAGAUCCAGAAUUAUGGAUCCAAGACAUGGAGGGAAUUUAUAACUCAUAUGGUUUAAAUGGACAUGAGUUCGGACAAGCCUUACAGUCGUCAGUGGGAAAACAUUGGGGUAAAAUAAGAGCGAAUUAUACAGGCAGAAAUCCACAAGGCGGAAUAUUUGAUGAUCAAGCACAAAUGGGGAACGAGCAGAGACAGCAGUUGACAGCUGUAGCAGAUGCCGCGCGUGCAGUUUUCCGCAGGAGAGCAGAUUAUGGACAUUUGGGGUGCAUUAAACAAAAAAUAGGGGAAGACGUAGAUGAGUUCAAAAUACGUUUUGAAAAAGAAUAUAGGUUUCACAGUGGCAUCCCGCACGCUGACGGAGAUGACACACUAUAUCAGCAACAGCUAAAAAAAUAUGUUAAUGGGAGGUUUCCAGCCGCAUAUCUCCCCGUGGGUUAAAAAACACUUAGUUACACUGGCAACGUCUAAUGUAACCACAGUUAUGGAAUAUGCGCGUCACGCCGAAAAAAAUGUUAAAAAGGGAAGUGGUGCGUCUGGAGGGGGGACACAAAUUUUCUGGGCAGAUCCUACGUGUGACACGUCGAGGAGGUUUCCGAGGCGGCAGGGGCGGUCAUGAGAACCGAGGGGGCUUUCAGGGUGACCAAUGGUUGGUCACCCAACCAUUGGUCCAGGGAAUGUCCCAAUCAGACACAAACCCCUCAUCUGCGGGGACGGGGAAGAGGCCGCAGGGGCGGUUCUUCAUAUGAGUCGUGACUAGGGGCUAGAGCAAAUGGGGAUCCAGAGCCAUUAAAAACAGUAGAUGUGUAUGGAGCAUGGGAGCUUUUAAGUGCAUUAAAAGAAAAAACCAUACAUAAUACUUACAAUUAAUGGACAGCCAGUUACCUUUUUAUGCGAUUCAGGAGCCUGCAAAACUUGUAUAAAAGAUAAUCUUGGACUAAUAGCAUCUAAAAUGCCCAUUUUUGUAAAGUCAGCAAACAGUCAAACAUCCCAAGAAUGAAUGUCAAAAGCAAUAGAAAUAAAAGACCCUCAAACAAGAAAAAAGUUGCAUGCUCCUGUAGUAAUGUCACCAACUUGCCCCAUUAAUCUGCUAGGACGGGAUUUAAUGGAAAAAUUAGGCAUUGCAGUUUUUCCAACACAGGAUGGAAUGAAAGCUGUCCGUGUAGAACAUGUAAUGUCGCUGCAACAAAAUCCUCCUGUGUUUUAUGCACUAUGCUUACCAUCUCUGCUCCAAAUAAAAGAGAAAAGUGAACUCAUGCAUAAUGCUAGAAGCACAUUGUCAAAUCCAGAGGAUGAAAUUCCGUUAGCUGAUCUACAUACCACUAUGAAUGUGUGCUGUGACAUGUGACCCAGAUGAAAAGUUUGCAAAACAGUUUCUGAAACAGGAAACUACAAUUGUGGCUACACAAAAUAUGUACACAGAUGGGAGAUCAUUCGCAGCAGUUACUGUUAUGCUUUCUACACAGAUGCAAAAAUUGUAUGGCUUACCAUGGGAACCUUUUUUGUCAUUGUUUAAGACCAAUGAACCAGAGUGGAGAGAUACAGGCCCGUGUUUAAAAGCUGCAGAAAGAGCGUCUGAUUUUCAGCUAUGUCCACACAAAACAGGCUGGCUUUAUAGCCCUAGUACAGAACUAUGGAAACAGCCUUACAAAGUUCUGUUCGAUGCAGAACCUCGCAUCCAAGGUUUAGCAUGAGAUAAAAUAAUCCAGCAUUCUUUGCAAUCAGAAUCCGAUGAAAAUGAUUUAAAAAAUAUCCCAAAUGUUUUGUGGUCCACAGGGCCAACUGAUGUAGGGCUAUUGACAACUAUAGAACCAGUUAAAAUAGUUCCUAAAUUGCAAUACAGACCACAAAUAAAACAAUAUCCGCUAAAACGUGAAGCACAGGAGGGUAUAAAGCCAGUUAUAAAAAAUUUAUUGGAUGCAGGAAUAAUUAGGCCAUGCCCAGAUUCACCAUGUAAUACGCCCAUUUUUCCCGUACAAAAAGCAGACAGAAAGAAUUGGCGCAUUAUACAAGAUCUCCGAGCAGUGAACUUAGCUGUACAAACGCGCGCUCCGAAUGUCCCAGAUCCACACACAUUGUUAAACACACUGGAUCCUGACAGCAAAUUUUUCACAGUGAUUGACCUAAGUAAUGCGUUCUUCUCAGUACAAGUGCAUCCGGACUCUAAGUUUUGGUUUGCUUUUACGUUCAAGGGGAAAAAAUAUACGUACACACGCUUGCCACAGGGAUUUGCAGACAGUCCUACAAUUUUCACCCAAGCCAUUUUAACAUGCUUGGAGAGAUUUAAUCCAAAGCAUGGAAGCCAAGUGUUAAUGUAUGUAGAUGACCUUUUAGUUGCGUCUAAAACAGCCGAACAGUGUAGGGCAGAUUCUUUGCAGCUGCUACAUCAUUUGGCUAAAACAGGAAACAAAGUAAGCAAAGAUAAAAUGCAGUGGGUGCAGAAACAAGUCCGUUACUUAGGCCAUGUUAUCUCAGAAGAAGGUAAAAGGAUACAGGAAGAUCGAAAAACUACUAUAGCAAGUGCGCCCAAACCAGUCACUAAAAAACAAAUGAUGUCUUUUUUAGGAUUAUGCAAUUACUGCAGAGUUUGGAUUCCACACUAUGCAGAGAAAACUCAGCUUCUCUUAAAUCUUAUCUAUGACACCCCGAUGGCCAUGUCAGCGAUAAUCCAAUGGACCCCAGAAGCAGAGCAGCAAUUUGCAGAGUUAAAAGCAGAGCUUAUCUCAGCAACUGUCUUAGCUCUACCAAACUAUCAAAAACCAUUCAUCCAAACAGUCGACUGUAAAGCUAGUUGUAUGACCUCUGUGUUGUUACAGCCUCAUGGUGAUAAACUCAAACCUGUAGCUUACUACUCAAAAAGAUUAGACCCAGUCACCGCAGCCCUACCCCCGUGGAAAGUUCAGCAGAAGUCGUCCUUUUUCUCCCUACUACUUUAUUAGUCCCCCAUGCAGUCGAUGUGUUGUUAAUGCAAGCAAAAAUGAAUCUCCUUUCACCUGCACGCCAGUUGUCAUAUACAGCCAUACUUUUGUCACAACCUCAUCUGAAAAUAAAAAGAUGUACAGUGUUAAAUCCAGCCACAUUAAUUCCAACUGCUGAUGAAGGAGAACCACAUGACUGUAAGACAGAGACAGAGCAGUUACAGCUCCCGCGACCAGACUUAACAGAUGUCCCGUUGCCAACAGGAGAAGUACUUUUUGUUGAUGGCUCCUGUUUUAAAGAUGAUUCAGGAAAAACAAAAACAGGUUAUGCCGUCGUAUCACUUCCACAUAAUGUAACUGAGGCGAAGCAAAUCCAAUCGCAUCAUUCAGCACAAGCAGCUGAAUUAAUUGCAUUAAUAAGGGCUUGUGAACUAAUGAAAGGAUGCGAUGUGACAAUUUAUACGGAUAGUCAGUAUGCACUUUCUGCUAUCUUUUUCUUUGCAAAACAAUGGGAACGCAGAGGCAUGGUAACAUCAACAGGUAAAACUGUAGUACAUGCAGAAUUAAUUAUAAAACUGCUAGAAGCAAUUCAAUUGCCAAAUAAAAUAGCUUUAAUAAAAUGUACAGCACACUCAAAAGGUACUGAUACGGUGUCAAGAGGAAACAGGCUUGCAGAUGAAACUGCAAAAGAAGCAGCAGCAGGACAAUUUGGUCCUUCUGAUAUUUAUCUGCUGCAAAAAACAGAACAAAUCAUCGAUUCAGAAGUAUUGUUAAACAGACAACAAACAGCGCCAACUGCAGAAAAACAAAUGUGGGUAAAAAAUGGUGCAACAGUAAAUUUAGGAGGCUUUUAUACAAUUUGUAACAAACCAGUUCUCCCAAAAAGCUUAUUCCAAGCAGCAGCUAUGUUGAGCCAUGGCGUUUGCCAUGUUUCAACAGGGGGUAUGGUGACUGUAAUACAGCAACACUUUACAACAUAUGGAUUUUUAUUCUUAUGCAAAAAAUUUUGUAAAGCCUGUACAAUCUGUGUUAGACAUAAUCCUCAAGGUAACAUAAGACCAAAACGUGGACAGUUUCCAGAACCACAGGGACCCUUUGAAGUGAUGCAUAUGGAUUUUAUUGAGCUGACACAAAGUGGCCCUUACAAAUACUGUCUGGUAAUGAUUGAUGCAUUUUCAAAUUGGGUUGAAAUAGUUCCAGCAAAGCACACAGAUGCACUGACAGUAGCUAAAGCUAUAUGCAAAGUUGUUGUUCCAAAUUUUGGCAUCCCUCAGAAAAUCUACAGCGACAACGGUCCUCAUUUUGUGAACCAGGUGAUUCAGCAAAUGGCAAGCAGGUUAUAACCUUAAAGAAUCACUGUGCUUAUCACCCAAAAAGUGCUGGACUUAUAGAAAGGACGAAUGGGACAGUUAAAUCCAGACUUAAAAAGUGCAUGGAAGAAACAAAGAGACCAUGGCCAGAAUGUCUGGACUUAGUAAAACUGUACAUGAGAAUAACUCCAACGAGCAGUGGUUUGACUCCAUUUGAAAUAAUAUAUGGCAGACCAUAUGAAUUACCACUGUUCACAAUACAGACUCCACCUGAGGAGGAAGACAAAACUCUAGCAGACUAUAUGAGAGAAAUGUUGCAGUCUAAAGAAGUGUCCAAUGCAAAUUCACUGCCAGAAGAACCUUUGUCUCCACAGGAUCCACAAGCAGUGAGACCAGGAGACUGGGUGUUUUCGUCAAAGUCAUCAGGAGGAAAAACUGGGCGAGCCCAAGGUGGGAAGGACCAUUCCAAGUACCCCUGACCACGCCAACAGCUGUGAAGAUCGCUGAAAGACCUUCCUGGAUUCACCUUAGCCACUCAGAGUGAAUGUUGACUGGCUGGUAACUCAGAAUUCACAGAACCACGCAUUGUUUGUCCACCACAGACAAGAUGAGUUUGGACUCAGCAGGCAGAGCCGCGCAGCCUUACCGGCUCUGCGCUCUCCUCCUCUCCUCUGCUCACAGGUGACAGCAGUUGACUGGUGGGCGGGACCGACACACCUGCAGCGUGUCCAGCGGCGUCUCAGCGCACUUGCUCUCGUGUUUUUUGGGACCUUUCCCUCGUGUGACUCUACGUUUUGAAAACCAGGCUCCCGAAUCCACUACCCGCUCACAUUCUGCCCUGGCGACCUCCCCCUCAAACUCUCUUGGAUGUACCAAGUCGGGCACAAGGUUUCCGUCUCCGGAUUCACCCUGGUCACCCCGGACUCUCCUGGUUCCUCUCGCUGUUCUCUCCGGAUCCUUGGACCCGUCGGCGCUGCUCGGACCCUGCCUCACCUCCGCUCACCGGUCUCCCUGUCAUCUGCUCCUUCAACAUCAGCUGAGUCCACCUCACUCCC